UGAUAUUUCCUUAAAACAUGUGGUAAAAAAAUUAUAUUUAUCGUAAAAUGAGUGCCUCGAAUUAUGAGGGUGCAGAAUACAAGAAUAUAGCCUAGAAAUAAAACAUAAAACAAAUGAAUUAUCUAUCAGUUAUCAUCAUAUUCGAAUAAAAAAAACAUGCGUUUAGCAAUACGACCAAUGUUUAUUUAUUGCAGAAUAAAACCUAAAUACAAAUAAAACAUAUGUAUUUCAAAUAGGCUAUGAUGCAUAUGCAUAUAGCAAUAAUGCUGUGUGGAAUAGCGAAGUAAAUAAUGAAGCAAAGCAUAAUAAUAAAUUAGGUGGAUACAAAUUAAAUAAAAAUUUUUAAUAAACUGUCACAAAGUUCAAGACUUCCGAACUGAUCAUACAUCUUACCUUUCGAAUGAUUGAAGUCCGCUCAUCCCGUCAGAGAGGAAGUUGAGCUGAGGGCGGAGCUCCACGUGCCUUCAAGUUACCAUGACACUUAUACACAACCUGAGAGCGUGACUGAAUAUAACGUCAACUAACUAAGUACACACAAUUUGGACAAAUGAGGAAAACUGAUAGUGGUGAGUUAGCAAAACACAACAAUUGAUCGGUAAAACAUAUCAAAUAAGCGUUGCUGUACAUUUUUGCCAAAUUUGAAACACCCCGGUUAUACAUUCAGCUGUUGAUUUAAAAGGCUAUAUAUAUAUAUAUAUAUAUAUUCUUAUAGUUAACCUUCAUUACAAUGUGUUAUUUAACCGAUAAAACUGUUUCCUGUGUGUUUUUAUGCACAGACUGAAAUGAGGGGUUACCUCAAAACUUUAAACUGGGUAUUUAAACUCCAGCCUAAAAGAACAACUAUAGGAAAACACAAAGACUCUGAUCUCUGUCUACAGAAUGGUGGUGUGGAUGAGUAUCACGCCAUCAUUGACUGGUGUGAAGUGAAUAGCUGCUAUCUUAUAAGUGACCUGAACUCUGCCCAUGGCACCUACGUCAAUGACUGCCGCAUACACAAUGCCACGGUGCGUCUCUCUCCGGGAGAUAAGCUUCACUUUGGCUACGGAGGAUCAACCUAUGAGUUCACUAUUGACAGGGAGGAACAGGUAAUAUUUAUGAUUUACUUAAAGUUUAAAAGUAACAGAUGUGUGUACUUGUUAACUGUUGUGUUAUUUAAAAGGCCUUGUGACAACAUCUUUAAAGAGGACUAUAUAUUUACCAGACACAUGGCAAGGAAGAUCAAAUACUCAUUAGUUGUAUUCAAAGAAAUUGGGGCUGUUAUGUUUUAUACCCCUCAGUUUCCUUUUCUGGCUGCCCGAUCUCCCACUCCCCAGGCCUGGGUUCGGACUCGAACACCCUCUGUUACACCCCACCCUCCCACCAGAACUCGUCCCAUGAGCGCUGGGUCUAAACAGGGUCCAAAUACACCAGAUCGCAAGAUCUAUUCUAACAGACCAGGAAGCUGGAGUGGUAACACAGGAAGAAGUUGUUGCCUGAGAAACAAGACUCCACCUCACCCCUCUCAAAGCAUUUACUUUUUGCCAGUGGAGAAGGAGGAAAGGUCACAUCGGCUGUUAGAGGGAUGCGGUGCUGCGUCUGUGUGUCCUGAAGACGAGUCUCUAAAGAAGGAUGAUGUGAUUGCAGCCUUGAAGGAGGAAGUGUCGGCUCUCAAGCUUCAGCUGUUUCAGAAGAAGCAGACUGAUCCAGAGGUCACAAACAGACUGCGCUGCCUGGAAAGUGACAUCAAGGAAAAGAAACAGCAGAUACAACAGUUAAAGGACCAGAUGCUGGAGCUUCAAAGCUGGUUUGGAGAGAUGAUGGGACAGGCUGUGACAGAAAGAGACCAGAAGAUCAUCAGUCUCUCAGAACAGCUGACCAAAGUUAAAAGUGAAAAUAAAUCAUCUACAGCCUUGGUUAGCAGUUUGCAAAGAGAUCUGACUGCUCGAGAGAAACAGGCUCUUAAACUUGCUGCUGAGGUGGACAAACUCAGACAAGAUGUGAGACACAAAGAUGCCAAGCUCACAAGCACAAUGGAUAAGGUGAAAGAAGCUCAAAAGCAUAAAGAUGAGCUUCUAACAAAGCAGAAUAUGGUGGAAUCCCUCAAGAAGGAACAGGCUUCUUUGCUGACCGAAAUGGACAAACUGAAACAGCUCCAUCAGCAGACUCAACAGAGGGAACAGAGAGUCCAAGCUGAACUCAAAUAUACACAGUCAAGGUUUGACAGUUUUCGGAAGCAAAUUAGUACGGCUGCUCACCUUAACUCUGACAAGAAAUCAGACCAAGAGGUGUUGGACUGUUUUUCAGAAAUAAUAAAAGAAAUGGAAAUGCACAAAUCCAAGCUGCACCAGUCUGAGGUGAAACUCGAAGAGGAAACAGAUGCACAGAGAAAAACAUUGGAUGAGACACAGAAAUUUCGAGCCAGGCUAGAGGAAUGUCAGAAUCGUGUACAGGACACAUGCAUGGCAGAUAUGGUGCAGAUGGAAAUAUCUGGCCUGCAGGGCAUGAAUUUAAGUCCUGCGCUCAGCUGGGUUCAGGCGCAUUCGCUUUUUGUACUUAACAUCCUGCAUGCGCUGAUGCAUAAAACUGCUCAGAGGCUACAGGCAGCAGGGGUUGCUGUGACAGUGGAGACUGGAGGGGUCUCAGGCGCCUUACAGAUUUUGUGCCAGAAGUACAAGGACAACCAAUCAGAACUCAGGAAUCUAAAGGCAGAGAUACAAAGCCUUCAUGAGAGAGAGAUGCAGAACAGAGAUCUUCAGAGCAGACUUGACUCUGUUCAAAAGCAGUAUGAGAUGGAGAAACUACAGGCAGCCGAAAGACAGAAUGAAAUCAAAAGCACAAUUAUGCAACAACUGGAAGAGGCAAAAACUGAUCUAUAUUCAGUCAGAAAAAAUGAGGAUGCUUUGCGUAGGGAGAUCGAGACACGUAGGGCCGAGUGGCAAUCCAAGAUGGAAGAAGCCAAGGUCCGAGAGGUGGAGCUGCAAGAAAAGAUUUGCGAGUUACAGCUCAGAGAGGAUGAGAUGAUUGACAGACUGAAGGAGUGUGAGGUAAAAGAAGUGAGGGCCCUUCAGAGAGGAGCUGAACAGGAGAGAGAGAUACACAGAGUUGAGGUGGAGGAGUACAGGGAGCAGGUGCGACAGCAUGCAUACACUAUCGUCGCCAUGGAGAAUCAAAUAAACAGAGCCCAGCAAAGUGAAGAUAGAUGGGGCGAGGUGGAGAUGGAGAGAAACGCACUUGCGGCAGAGCUUAAAGAGGCACUUAAAAAACUUGAGGACUUUGAAAGCAACAACACACUCUACAUAACAGAAAAGGAACAGGAAUUUGAAAAGGCCAUACAAUCUCUAAGGGCAUCUUUAGUCGCAUCCCAACAGGAAGUGACUGACCAGAGCGAGAUCAUCAAUGCCUUAAGUCGUGAUCUGGCCCAGGCUCACGCUCGCCUUUCUGACAUGACAGGCGAGCUGAGUGAACAACAGAAGAUAGAGUUAGAGACUCACAGAGCUUUAGUGGUGGACCAGAGGAUUCAACUGAGCAUGCUCACACAGAAGCUCACUGCAAUGUCACAGCUGGCGGAGCAAAAGGAUGAAGAGAUAAAGAAGCUGGCAGAAAAACUGAAACAAACAGAAGACGACCUGAGAAGAACAACAGCAAUUAUAGAGCUGGAAAACUCAUGCUUUCAGCCAACAAGAACCACUAGGGAUGUGGCACUUAUGACAGCUCCUAAUGAUUUCAUCAAUCAGAGAUCAAAGCACAGAGGUCAUCGCAGAGAUGAAUUGAUACUUCCGCACCAGGAAGGUUUACGCGAUGUAAAGGAGCGAAUCAGAGUUCUAAAAAAGAAGUGGCCCGGUACACAACUUGCCAAGCAGGAGGUGCCAGAGAGUCAGGGUCAGAUGAAGACUCAGAGGCUUCAAAGAUCUGCGUCUCGGAGAGGAUCCAACAGCUUUGUGAAUGGUUUUGUGUUCCCCGAAGCUUUAAGCGAUGCAGCGCGGGAACGUACAGCCAGACUAGACAUGUCUGAUGCUCUGGAUCUCAGUGAGAAGACAUUCCUGGAGCUAGCACGCGUGCUGCGUGAGGCUCUGGAGCUAAGCGAGGGUGAGCUGUCAGGCUGUGCAAGUUUAAAACACCUGCCCCCUGAUGAGAGACAACACAUAGUGUCUCAAAGACAAACAGACCUGGAGUUUCUGAAGACCCGCCUUGAUCUACAGAACAGCCGGAGCCAACAGCAAGACCUGCUGCUGGAGGAGAACCAGAAAGAGAUAAACACACUAAGAGAGAACCUGAUGUCGGAGCACCAGACACAGGCUGAGCUUGCGAGUAUGAAGACAGAGCUAGGGACCCAGAGACAAGAGACUGAACGGCUUCGACAGACACUGCAGGAUCAUAUCGACCAGCUGCAGAGAAACCAGCAGCAACACAGUGUUGCCAUCAGAAAUAAUAAGGGUUUGAGCCAGGAGAAAACGGGCGGAAAGACUGGAAGAGUGGGCCAUCACAACUGUAUACCAACUGAAAGCUAUGAAAAGACCCCAGCGUUAAAGAAACGGACCUCACAGGGGAGGCUAAAGAAGAGGGAGAUUGAGGUAGAGAAGCAGAAGAAUGAACUGGAGCAGAAAGAGAGUCAGACCUGUCCGAUGGUCUCCGAUUUGGUCAGUCCUCUACAAACCCCAGAGAGCUCCCGACUCCUCCUGCUUGCUGAGGCUCACUGACAUGGAUAUCUGUGAUCAAACAACCAUGAAUUUAAUUACACUUGAGUAGUACACUUGAGAUAACAAGUCCGGGUUGUUGAAGAAAAAGAUUUUGCCAAGAGAUUUCCCAUGGUGUAUUAAACAUACUGUUAUUAUAAUUAACAAUUAUAUAAUUUAUUUUAAAUUAUAUCUGUAUUACUAUAUUACUAUUACGAUUUACAGCAGCACUAAACAGCAGCAGGUGUUAUAUAAAGUACAGUACAGUACAUCUAAACAAACUCACAUUAAAAAGAAACAUUACAAGAGUGA